AUGGAGGGGAAGGGCAGCACAGAGGGAGUAAAAGCGGCGAAAUGGCCCACUUGAUUGAGUCCCGUCGCCAAACAAUCAUUUGACGUCCAACCUCACUGCUAAAUCACCUUCACUUCACUCAAUUACCAUCAUUUGAACGCUCUCAUUGGGACUAAAGUACCUGAAGUAGCUUCACCAGUAUUCGACAGCUUCAGCAUGGUGCGAUAAUGCACGUUCUUUGGUCUCGCGCUGCGCAGGCCAGGACAUCAUGUAGCUGUCGCUCAUGUCUACACACGGCAACAAACAUAGCACGGCGGACCACGACUGCAGCUGGGAAACGCCGAGUCAAAGUUAGCGAUGUAUUCACUGCGUGCUACUCAACGAUACUGGCAACUGCAGCCGUAGCAGAUAUGAGAGUUAAGGAGGAGAGGAGGAAGGAAUGGGACCGGGUGAUUGCAGAAGCCAAAGCCGGAACACCUACGAUUGAAAGGACACCCGGACGACCGGCAAAUACAGAAGCUGCAGAGGCCAAUGCUGCGACUGGCUUUCUCUCGAAAUGGAAAACGACAAGACGAUGCGAGGUACACUACAUACCGACGGCAGUGCGUGGUCCAGCGGUUGGGCACAACUCCGACCUGGAGACGAAGCUUAGGAACAUGGGAAGCCAACUAGAAGAUGAAUCUUCUUUCGUGGUAGAGGAACCAGAUUUGGAGUUACCUGCGCGAGAGCCGAAAAAACCAAUGCAUUUAGUAAGGAUGCAGGACAUGGUUGGACGCCUAGCAUACCAGUUUCUAGCGUGGUCCAAGAUCUUGACAGUAGAGACCGUUCAAGGCAAUUCAGACAUUCUGCUUCAGACGAUCCAAAUGAGAGACCGGUUACAGUCAUUGAUGGCGGGCUUCGAUAUCUUGCCUUUGUACGAAUGGAAAGACAGUGAUACUGUCAAGGACCAACGGGAAGAUCUUCAUCGGUCUCUGCACGCACUUUGCAGAAUCACGGAUCCAAAUGAUCGGAAUGCUAUCAACCUGAUGCUGGCAAAAAUAUCCUACAACAUGCUAGUUUCUACCAGUCCUCCCAGCAUGGUGACAUACAAUCUCUUGCUCGCCGAAUUUACGCGGCUAGGGCAACCACAUCUUGGGCAACUGGUGGUGAACUCUUUUUUGCACGAUAGCAAAUUCAAACCCAGUCGAACGACCGUUAAGCUUAUCCUAGAUCACUACCGAUCCAAGGGAGAUUCCAAUGGCUUUCGGUCAAUAGUUUCACGGAUGCAAGCAACUCGAAAGGGCCCAGAUAUGACUCCUUGCAUGAGGAUCAAGAAGCGAGAUCUUGAAUAUUUGGUCAGGCCAGCAGUUCAGGAAUGGGCAAUGAACAAGAAGACAAUUCUUAGGGACCAAGCAUUGCAUCAGAAAACACCCCGGAACGCCGCAAUUUUCGAUUCGUUGAUCAAGGGUAGCUUAGAAUUGGUGGGCCUUCAAUCAGCUGUCCGCCAUAUUCGGUCUGCUUUAAAUGAAGGGCAUGUGGUCCAUCAGGAUACCCUCUGUUCUGUCAUCCGCGCUUGCGUGGAUCAGACGAAUCUGAUGGUUGGAUUAUCAUUGCUUCGAAACAUUCUUUCGUUAUGGGAAAAGGGGGUAGGAUAUAUGGCGACGGUCUAUACCGAGGAUCUUCGCCAGCUCAUUCAUCAGCUAUUGGUCAUGUGUGGUUUUGACACAUCUCUCAAAUCCCCCAAAAGUCUCCCCAUCAAAGCAUCCUGGGAUGCUCUACAGGAUUUGUUACAUUACAUGCAUCUCGAGUCUCUUGACGAAGCUCUCAAUCGUUGCGCUGAUUUCACGGUCUCACUGAAUCAAUCUCUGAGCUUGACUAGACCCGCCAAAGCAGGCGAUUUUGACUCACAAGAAACGCCGGAAGUACAGCAAGCUCUGGAUAUCGGUCUCUCAAUGCAAGUGAUGGAGGACUAUGCUACUGAAGAAAAGCUCCGCGCAAAGCACCAGGGAAAUCUAGAAAUUGCUAGUCGUUGGAGUCGACUAGAAGCUUUAGGACUUUUGGUGGAUGCGCGACAGAAGGACAUCCUGAUCUUCGAAUCGGAGUUGACGUCCGUAUUAUACGCCCAGCUGUCGGAUGAUCAAAAGGCAAAAUACGAUGCAGCCCUCACUUCGCUUGACCAUCAUCCUCCAAGCGCAGCUUUCAUUGCGAAGCGCCGCUUACUCUUGCGGCUUCGCGAGCCAGAAUUGAAACAGGAAGUUGAGACUGUGAAGCAGUCUGGUCUGCCCGCCGUGAAGCGUUUUACCUUACCAAAGGGGGUGGCUCUGAGGUCAAGCGACGGUGCGUCUUUUCGCCCGUCACUAAGCUUACCUAUCAGGCCUCGCCAGUCGCCAUUCCCCAUCUCCAUGCCCAUCGAAACUAUAAGAGAUGAGAUUGAGCUGGAGGCAGCAGCCGCUUCUUGAGAAAUAAAUGCAAGGGGUGGACCUAUGCAUAGCGAGACCCCCUGUACAUAGAUGAUGCAUAUGGUAGAACAGGCGUUAUAGGUUAUGGGAUUUGGAGUCACUGGGUAUGGAGCAUGGCAAAGACGAAGCAUUUUAGGCUGAGCAGUAAAGGUACAUAGAUAUUUUGCCAGGUGUAAAAUGAAUAAGCAUUAAAGGAAGA